AUGUGGCAAGAACUCUUGAAGAAGAUCGUGCCGACCUCAUUGAGGGGAUUCAUCGUGAUCAUCUCUGACGCCCACGCCCCGCCCCGCCAGCUGUGGUGGGCGACCCACCCAACCCCAAAACCACUCCCUGCGCUGCGCGUACCUGCCCCUCCUCGACCUCCGCCACCCCAGCCUGCUGUGUCGAUGGAGGCCGCCGCACAUGCGUCCCGCAAUACGACUGUCGUGGGCCUAACAUGGAUGGAGAUGCCAAGGCUGGGACAAUGGGAGAAGAGCAGCCCAGUGGACUGGCUCAGCGCGGGGCUCAGCGCGCUGCAGCUGCACGUCCCGUUCAAGGCCCCAGGGGCGAUCGAGAUCGGGGACCUCGCGCUGGACUUCACACAGGAGAGCGAGGUGACGAACUCGCGCACGGUGCAGGCGCGGAUGGAGCUGCCGUUCGGGUUCAGGACACCCGGGACUGACGACGAGAGACCGGCAGUGGACAUCUUCAACACGUCGAACCUGCAGCUUGCCACAGACACGAUGAGCCUGAAACUGCUGCGCGACGGCGCGGUGAUGGGCACGACACUGCUUUUGAACUCGACGCUUGAGAUGGGCAACAACUCGUUGAGCGUGCAGGGAAACUUCACGGUGAGGACGAACAUUUUAAUUGGAAGGCCCCGCGACGCUGACGCCGCCAUUGGGUGGCCGAACGACUCACUGCAAGGUCUCGAGAUGUUGAGCCAGUUGCGAAGCACGAAAUUCGAAUCACUCCUCGCCGCGUUCGAGAGCCUGAACAUCAACGCCACGCUUCCUGCGCUCUCCUCAAAUCUGCUGAACUCUGCGUCCUUGCAAGUGCUGUCCACGACCGGGGAGAACAACGUCUCGCACACGACCGUCUCGCUUGCGAACCCGUUCACCGCCGCGCUCGAGAUCACACACCUCGUCCAACGCAAGUCGACGACGACCUCGCCUGCACUCAACCUCAACCUCAACAUGGUCCCGCAGAGUCUCCUCACAGUCACGAAGCCGCUUGCAACGCAGGCGGGCAAGGACACAGCACCCCUCGACCGGAUUGUCACGCUCGGUGGGUCGAAGCAGGCGGUCGACACCAAGAGGGACAACAUCUUCACAUACGCACUCCCGUCCACGUUUUCCUGCCCUCGGAGGCUGACCGAAUAUUGCAAGAACUUAGAACUCCCUUCGUCGACAAGGCGUUCAAACUUCACGAAGCUCGCCGCGGAGGUCGCGCUCACCACGGGCGUCACAAUCAGGGACUACCCGACCAUGCUCUCUUACACGCAGCCGAACCCGAUCGUGCAGAACAUCGUGUCCGGCUCCGUGCUCGGGAUCGAGAUGGUGGUGAUCAAGGACAUGCAGGAGAACUCCAACGCCGGAUCAUUCGACGCAAAGAUCGCGUUCCCCGAGGGUCUCACCAUUGUCCAGAACGACAAGGCGCUGGGGAGCAUCAAGAUGCCGGACGUGAACGUGGUGGGUGGUGUCGGUGCGAGCUUCGACGCGACGUUCGCAGUUGCGGACCUCGCGAAAAUGAUGCUGACGGAGGAGUUCGAGUGGGUGAUCUCGGGGAGCAACCUGUCGGCGGCUGCGAUUGGCAUCUCGGUGCCAGGAAUCGGGCUGGGGCCGCUGGGCAAGAAGAAGGUGACGCUCAAGGGCAUGCCAAACGGCCUGAAGGGCGGGGUCAAGAUCGAGACGCUCGACCUGCCGAGCAAUGAUCCCGCGGGGACUCCCAACAUCACGAACCCCUCUCAAGUUGGCACAUGUACAACACCUAAAUCAUCCGACUGGACAGCUACCCACACACUCGACGCCAUGCUGCUCCUGAACCAGACCACCAAGUUCCUUGAGCUGCGCGUGCCGGGGAUUAGCCUGGCACGUACGCAAGUGGUCGACCCGAACCGCGGUGUUGUUGCUGCGGCGCGCCUCGUGAACGCGGGGACUGGGAAGGUGCUCGCGCGGUACGCAGACUGGCCACAGCCGUACCGGCUGGUCGAGCACCCCGACCUAGAGCUCAAGGUCGUCGCCGACGUGGAGGAGGGGCGCGCGCACAUGGGAAUGGCGCGGCCGGUUGUUCACAUUUUCCCACCACAGCAAACACCCGCUCUCGCAACGAGCUGGUGGUGGUAG